GCUUUCGCAGCGUGCGCAUCUCGUGACCGAAAGUUUUUGCUCAGUGUAUUUUAGCCAACCAAGAGAUUACCAAACAAGCAACGAACGCUUAAAUCCGCACAUAAACCGCACUUCGAUCCGAUUCGGUGAGACGAUGUCGUUGCUGCUGCUCCUUUUGGCCGUCGUCCUGCCGCAGCGGCAGCUCCUGCCCUUCGUAUCCGGAGGGUCCUGCCGGGAGGCGCAGCUCUGCUGCAAUGGCCGGGACUCAUCCUGCGUCGUCCAGAAGGCUCCCAUCAACGCCAUCAUCGAGGACCUCAGCGACAAGCCCUGCUACUGCGACCACGCCUGCCUCAAGCUCGGCGAUUGCUGCGACGACUUCAAGGAUCACUGCGGAGUGCUGGACUGCCAGGUGGGCGAUUGGGGCGCCUGGAGUGAAUGCGACCGGAGUUGCGGCACGGGAAUGAUGACGCGGAACAGGCAGAUCCUGCAGGCAGCACAAAAUGGUGGCAAGCACUGCCCCACGCUGCAGCAGAAGAGGAGUUGCCAAGGAUACCGAUGCCAUGGCCACCACGACAAGAAGAUACUGCGAGAAAUGGCCCUUCUUCUGCCAGCGGCCCUUUCGCACAAUCAUCAUGUCAACGAAAGUGGCGAUUUACGGCGCAAUCUCCGCACGCGCUACCGCGACGCCUACAAACACAACCAUGAUCAGGAAUAUUGCGUGGAAUUCGAGGUACUCAAAUCAUCUAAGGCCUGUCACAAGCUGCCGCCAUAUAAUCUGAUGGCAGAAGGCGAUCGCAUCACGGUGCGCUGUGACCUUGAGGCGUUGAUCCUAGACUCAGCCGGCAGCUCCACCACCGCCAGGACACCCCAAGGCCCCACCACGCCGUCCACGACCACUGUUGCAUCCGCAGCUUCCGCCUAUGGCCAGCGAACGGAUGAGCUGGAGGAGGAGCAUCAGCAGCGGGAGACAAGCAGCGACGAGGAGACGACCAACCAGGAUGGCGAGGCGGAGGCGGAGGAGGAGGAAGAGGAGCCGGAGCAGGAUGAGCAGGACGACCUGCAGAAUGCCCUGGACUCGGACAGCAACGAGAGCACCGACUACCGUCAUCAGCGGCACUCGCAGAUGUUGCAAAUGUCCCACAGCCGGCGGACAGCGGAAAAGCGCAGCGCCGUGCCGGCCACGCCCACGCCCACGCUGGCGCCCACCUACCAUUGCCGGGGGGAGGGGCUGGCCGGACGCACGACACGCUGGAGCGCGCUGCCGGCGCCGUCGUGCCGCGGCAAGUGGCUACGCCUGACCGUUGGUCCGCCCAAGAAGUGCGGCCACGCCCAGUUUAUCUUCGUCUAAGGCGACAUCACGGUCCAGUCAAGUGCGGUGAUCAUUUUUUUUUUUCUCCGUGUAGUUUAUGGUGUACUGUCUCCCCCACUCAUCAUAUCAUAUCAUAUCACCCGCGCCCCCCCUGCCACGCCCCCUCACUUCCGGCCCAAAAUAAAUAAAGUACCCCAUCGUAUGUAAGCGUUUAAACAUUAAGCCAGUGGAUUAAGAAGAUCAUAGCAUAUGUAUGUGUGGUGAGGUCAGGUUUUUUUUUUUUUUGUCGUGCUAGAGAAAAGAUCCGAAUACUAAGGACACACUGCCAGUGAGAUAUAGGGAGUAUAUGAAGGAAUAUCGAAUUAUUCCGAAGUUUUAAGGGGUUCUACCAUUUUGGAUCCAAUAAAUAUUUGUGGGGUUCCAGAAUACAUAAGACCAUGCAUGUGGACUCUAGAAAUGAACCACUUCUAAACGAACAUAACAAACAUGAAAUAACUGCUCUACAACGUUUAACAAACUUUUGAUCUUUAAAAUGUAAGACAUACAUAUGUAUGAUCCCCCCCACACACAUGGUAUUCAUCAUAUAACCAUAUAGACAUCACGGCUGCUGUGGACUUUCUUCGGAGAGCAUUUCUCUAAUUAGUUUAGGAAACACUCACGCGUAAGCAUUUGGGCUUAGGACCCAAACAACAACUUAAUAUACAUAUGUAUGCUGGGAAUCUGCUAAGACGCUCGGAUCUCGGAUCGGAUAAUACUAGUAACUAGGGACUAAGUCAUCAAAUACCGCAUAACAUCUACAGUGAAUAUGGAUAUGGAGUCGGGCUGCGUAGUGAAAGAACCUAUACAUAUAUAUAUAUAAAUAUAUAUGUGGAUGUGCAUGAGUGUAUCUGUCUAAUCGUUAGUUCCCCCGACUCGCAAGCAUAUAUCAUACACACAAUUUACACAUACAUACAUACUAUACAUACAUAUAUAAUACAUUAGUCAAAAUCAAGUGAUUGAGGUCCACAAUAUUUGGUUACCCAACUGGCAGACAACCCUUUGGAGUCGGAAUUAACGUUUGGAUCUUAGCAUUAAUCUGGAUUUUAGGUACACACGAAUGUCGAAGUAAUUAUUAUAAUUAUAAUUAAACCAAUAAUGAGAUCAUUCAAUAAAGAACGAGUAUAAUUUUAAAGUAAA